AUGCAGGAUCGUCAUCUUUUAAUUGAUUCAUUACAGAGUCAGAUGGAAAGUUUGCUGGACCCAUUAGGAGUCAAAGGACGUUUUGCGUUUUAUGCACUUUUUGAUGGCCAUGCUGGUGCACAUGCUGCUGACUAUUGCGAAAAGUCCUUUGUCAAUAAAUUUGUUGAAGUCUCCCGGAAAUGUGUUAAUGGAAAUUCGGAUAUUGGACUUUUUGAGAAAUCCAUCAAGAAAAUUUUUAAGGAAACAUACAAAUCUAUUGACGAUGAUUUUCUUAAGGAGGCCAAGAAAAGGUUUUAG